UCACCCCCUCUGCAUCUUGUGGACGAAUAUGUUUGCACGACCGGGCAGGUCUAUGUAGUGGACCGAUCAGUCGGUUAAUGAGCCAGAGGAAGCCGUAGUUAGGUUAAAAUGCGGCGACGUAUCCUUUACCCAUUCAAGACAUUUUCAGACCGUGAACUAUUUGAAGCAUCCAAAAUGAUGACUUGUGAUGACGAAGUUCCUGGAUGUGGAUUUCCGUUCAACUUUGAGGACUACUUAAAUCUGGAUGGUACCCAGGUUGUCCCGAACAUGGAUGCUCAACCCAUGCAGUUAGAUGGGGAAGAGAGCAAAAGCAGAAGUGACAGUUUAACCUCGUGGAAGAGCUGCUCCAGCCUGAAUGAGUCUGGUUACUCGUCAGAUGAGAGUGCGUCCCCAAGGAUGGACGAGGCUCUUCCUUCUCCAGGAAACAACUGCCUGGACUUAGACCAGCAUACAACUCCUGGUUUAAUGGAGUGUUUGGGACCUACAGAAGAUUGGUCCAACUACCCACCAUACACAUGGACAGCGGCUCAGUUAGAAAGUUUUCUGAAGUCGGUCUGGAAGUCUAAUAAUAUCACUGGGGAGUAUGACCUGGAUAAGUUGGACCUGACUGGGCCAGAGCUGUGGUGUUCAACAGCAGAUGAUUUGAAAAAACGUUCAGAAUAUGGAGGACUCCUGUACGAAGCCCUCACGCAGAUCGCGAGUAGUUCCCAAUGGGAAAGUUCCAGUACCUCCUAUGGAGGAUGUUACGAUCCAUCAAGUGAUGAGAUGUUUAAUCUUCUUGCUAUGCAAGAUUCCCCUUCCUUCUCCCUUCCGGAUGAUCUUCCCGUGGAAGAAAUCCACCGAUUGCUUACACAAAGUGAUGAAACCAACGAUAUGGAUGAUAGUCAUGCUGUGAUUGGAAACAUAGAUGGCGAUUUUGACAGCAACUCUCAAGAAGUCGCAGGCCACGUGACAAGCUCUGCAAGCCAUUCUUUCGUAGCUCAGAACAACUCUGUUACAGAGGUUGCCGGCUCAUUAUCCAAGCCACAAUCGACCCACACUCGUGGCUACUCUGUUGGCAGUUAUGCAGCACAACACAACUCUGGUGCCAACGGCUUCUGUGCCUCUCGCCUGUGGCCUCCAAAUGGAUGUUACCCGCCAUGUGUUCCAUCCCUUAAUGGAUUUCCUCCACCGCGUCAACCCCCUCGCUCCUUGCCAGAACUUACCAGGAACAAAGACCUCCCUCCGGUGCCCCCUCUGAUCAAAUCUCCUGAUCUUCCCUCCCCCAGCAGCCCCCCGGACAACUUCCCUAGGUCUUCACUGCAGACACUUUCUUUGGCGGCCAGUUUCUUAGAGAAAAGCAACCCUCUGUUUGAUCAGGCAUCGCAAACAAAGAAAGCAUCUUCUGAGGAACGCACCAGCCGAGGUGCGCGUUAUGAAGAGCCCUUCUCCGCUGGCAGCCACGGCGAGAACGGACCCUUACCUCCUGACGUAAAGAAACCUAGAUUAGAUACUUCGUUUGUCAGUCAAAAGAAGCCACCAUCAAACGGGGUCCAACCCCCCAUGAAGCCGACACCAGCUGAGUCUCAAGUGCCUUUUCCGGCAAACCUUUCCCCAAAAUCGUGCGGGGAUAGUGAUUAUGGAGAAGAACGGGUAUCUCCAUCACCCCCAACGUCCCCAUACCCCAGGGGGUCCCCGUCGCAGAGAGGAUGCGACUCUCCUGUAGCACGAAGAAGGAACAGCUCCAGUUCAACAGAUUCUGGCACUGAGGACGCCAAAGAUGGAAACCACAGCCGAAGUGACUCUUCCACAAAAAGUUCUACCUCAGGUUCGCCAGGUGCAAAACCCCGUGUUGGCCGAAGAAAACAGACAAGAUCUCUGCACCUGUGGGAAUUUCUUAAAGAGUUACUGGAAAACAAGGAUACAUGUCCUCGCUACAUUACAUGGAUCGAGCGCGAGGAGGGCAUUUUCAGGCUUGUCAACUCAGGAGCCGUUGCUAAGCUGUGGGGUCAACGGAAGAACCGCAGGAACAUGAAUUAUGAAAAGAUGAGCCGUGCUUUGCGAUAUUAUUACGAGAGGAAGAUUCUAGAACGUGUCCCUGGACAGCGUUUGAUCUACAAAUUCGCUCCGGAUACGAUGAAAGAAUGUAACUUCAGCUUUAUGAAGAAGGACGGUUAAAAAAAAAAGUUUGAAACGUUUUUGUACAAGUAGUGUAGCUUUAUCAAUAUGAAUUUGUGAUUUCUCAAACUUGUUUAUUUGUUUGCGAAUCUGUGACAUCCCAUCAGACCCCCGGAAAAAUAUUUGAGAGAAAGCGUUGAAUGUACAGAAAUCUCGUCAAUGAAUGAUGUUGGUGAAUCCUAUCACUUUCCUCAAAGUUUAACUUAAAAAUUCCUCAAUUUUUCAAUUUCAAACACAACCUGUACAAAAAUACACAAACACGGUACAACCGUAUUUUAGUCUUGUUUCAAUUUGUAGCGUCAUGUCGAGGCACUAUCGUCUUUUAGGGGGAAGAUCCAAUCUGUUGGAGGGGAUGUUACAGAAACGCGUAUAACUUCCCAAAAAAUUAAUUAUGAAGUGAAAUUCAGUCGCUUUGUCGGCUUGCACCAGAGGAUCUUAGCGACUGAGAGUUCAUUUUCCUCUCCAAUUUAAAGAAUCAAACUAGGAACCUUUUAUAAAGAAAACAAACUGAUAGGUGAAGGUUAGCGGACAUUUUCGUGUUAAAGGGCAAAAUACAGCGCACCUCUGAUGCGUUGUCUAAAAUUUAAACACUUAAAAGUCCACCAGGACUGGAGAAUCGACUAUUUUUUGUCUCGUUGUGUUUGUAAAAGUUGUGCUUUUGUUGCAAACCUUCGUGUAAAUAGAACUAUUACAAUAACUUACUACGUAUUUGCAUUUCACUCGGUACUACAUUCGAAUUCAGCAUUUUGGAACAAAGUACAAAACUGUCCCGGAGGCGGUGGAUUUCGAAGGGUAAAGAUUUGGUUUCCUUUCAUUUUUUGUGGCAAUUUUUCCAGGUUUUUCACAUUUAUUAGUGAAUUAUAGCGAGAGAAAGUUUGUUAUAUAGUUAGUUGACUCGUUUGCUAAUGUCAGUGUGCUAGCAGCUUUCAUCGUUUUGGCAAAACGAUAAUAGAUUGAGUUCAAAAAGGAACACGAUCCAUUUACGAUUGGUUUGAGUACUUUAGACGAGCUUCAUUACAGAUGGGUCAUUCAUGGUCACCAUUCAUUAAAAGGACAAAUAAACUAAGAUAUAAUUUACUAUUUUCAUUCACGUUUAAAAACCAUUUUCUCUUCGUAUUUUGAAUCUUUGAAAAAAUUUCUGUGUUGUCUUCGACUGCAUCACUAGGGAAACCGAAUUGAAUUUUAGGCAAUACCGUAAUGUGGCUCGUUUGAAGACGGUAAAUGAAAGCUGACAUCUUCGAGUAAUCUCUCCCAAUAACCGUUAUUCGAGUUGUUGCGCGACGUAAAGUAUAGUGUUGUGACAGACUCUUCGAAACAGGCCGUGAUGGAUUGAUGUGUCAGAAGUGUCAGGUAGAAAAUGGAGGAGAUUCGAAUGGUUUCGUGUGUAUAAAAUGACCAUUUAAUAAUCGCAAUAUUUUAGUUUGAUACAAGUAGAUAAGCUUCAUGCAUGAGUUAAGAACACUGUAGCUUAAAUCACUGUACAGUUACCACUGUUUCUUGUGAGUGAUGGACAAUUAGUUUUCACGAUAAAUAACAAUUUAGCUUGAUUAGAUAUUUUUUGUAUGAAAAAGAAAGAAAAAACUGUUUGUAAUAAACAUUACAUUAUCAAAA